AUGAUAUUCCUGCCUGCCUAUGAGGGUCUCUUGCAUCAGGGUAAAAAGGAGCUCAGUCAGAAAGCAUCAGUAUGGUGGGGACCAAAAGAAAGUACCACCACAUGGUUAAAAGGUCAAGCUCCCAAGGACAUAAAACAAGGUGGAGACUUCAUCCAAUCUUUUAUUUGUUACAGGGACCUGCAGCCAAACCCGGGCUCCGCUCGGCGGACACCGCGCCGAGGCCAUAGCCGCGCCGCCCUCCGUCCGGCUCCGGGCCCAACCUCGAGACCUCCCACGGAGAGCUCGCGCCUGCGACUGCAAAGGGCGGCUUCUGAGGCGAAAGCCACCCCGCGGCGGGCGGUUUCGGGCUUUACUUUUAUUUGGGGGCGAGGGAAAGGAGCAGACGCACGACUGGAAGGGCGCAGCGCAGCGCUGCACCGAGGCGCGGAGGCCGGAAGCGCGGGCGGCCCCUCCCCCUUCCGCUGCGCCCCUCCCCCACCGCCACCACCGCGCGCGACCCCCACCAGGCGCGCGACCCGCGCUGCGUCCCCGCCGGCGCCACGUUCCCGCGUCCUUCCCCGCCCGGGCCACGGGGCACGUCCCUCCCCGCCCCCCACUUACCUGUGGCUGCCGCCUCGCCGCUCUCCGGGGCGGGAACUUCCACUCCCCCCUCCCAGGAGCUGUACCCCACCCGCCCUACGUCCGCUUCCGGAGGCCAUGAGCAGCUGGGUGCUCGCGGGAGGCCGUUUUCAUCGAUUAGUGGCGGCGCUGUCAACUCACCUCCUGCCAAUUGACCUUGACCGACGCCGGCCCUGUCCUCUUGGAAGGAGAAAUGAAGAGUGAAGGCUUUGACUUCCUCAGCUUUUUUUUUUUUUUUUUUUUUUUUUUGAGAUGGAGUCUCUCUUUUUUUUUUCCGAGAUUGAGACGGGGGUCUGGCUCUGGCCCAGGCUGUAGUGCAGUGGUUCGAUCUCGACUCACUGCAGCCUCCAACCCCGGGAUUCAAGCGAUUCUCCAACCUCAGCCUAUGGGGCAGCUGGGACCACAGGCGCGCGCCACCAGCUCGGCUUGAAGAGAUGAGGACUCUAUGUUGCUCAGGCUGGUCUUGAACUCCUGGGCUCAAGUGAUCCUCCGCCUCGGCCUCUCAAAGUUCUGGGAUUACAGGCGUGAGCCACCGUGCCCGGCCUUACUCAGAUUUUUCUUAAUCCCAUAAAGUAACAUUCAGUUGUGUCCUUUAACCCAUGUGGAAGGAUUUCCUACAGAAACGGACUUACAAUGAGACGUAACGAGGUGGCCGGGCGCGGUGGCUCAUGCCUGUAAUCCCAGCACUUUGGGAGGCCCAGGAGGGCGGAUCACCUGAGAUCGGGAGUUCGAAACCAGCCUGACCAACAUGGAGAAACCCCGUCUCUACUAAAAAAUAACAAAAGUAGUCGGGUGUGGUGGCGAAUGCCUGUAAUCCAAGCUACUUGGGAGGCUGAGGCAGGAGAAUCGCUUGAACCCGGGAGGCGGAGGUUGCGGUGAGCCGAGAUCGCACCGUUGCACUCCAGCCUGGGCAACAAGAGCAAAACUGUCUCAAAAAGAAAAAAGAAACGUAACAGAGUGUUAAUAAAAUGUUAUGCCAUCGUUUUAAUGCAUUACAAAAA